AAGUCACCACAGUGACAGUAGCCAACGUCGGGGCCUCCGCAGACAAUGUUUUCACUACGUCUGUGGCAAAUGCAGCUUCAAUUUCAGGACACGUGCUGUCUGGGAGAACGGCCCUCCAGAUUGGGGACAGCCUGAACACUGAAAAAGCCACUCUCAUCGUGGUACACACAGAUGGCAGCAUCGUAGAAACCACAGGGUUGAAGGGGCCAUCAGCACCUCUCACACCAGGACCGCAAUCUCCUCCUACCCCUUUAACAUCCGUCCAAGAAAAAGCUGGAACCAAGUAUAACUGGGACCCGUCUGUGUAUGAGAACGAGCUCCCGGUGAGGUGCCGGAAUAUCAGCGGCAUUCUGUAUAAAAACAGACUCGGCUCAGGAGGCCGUGGAAGGUGCAUUAAGCAGGGGGACAACUGGUACAGCCCCACUGAAUUUGAAGCUAUGGCGGGACGAGCCAGCAGCAAAGACUGGAAGAGGAGCAUCCGCUAUGCCGGGAGGCCGCUGCAGUGCCUCAUUCACGAUGGGAUUUUAAAUCCUCACGCUGCCUCUUGCACUUGUGCUGCUUGCUGCGACGACAUGACUCUGAGCGGCCCUGUACGACUCUUUGUCCCGUAUAAAAGGCGGAAAAAAGAAAACGAAAUACCUGCGACUCCCGCGAAGAAGGAUUGCCCCAAAAACAUCACCCUGCUUCCCGCCACGGCUGCUACUACCUUCACCGUGACUCCUUCUGGACAGAUCACUACCUCCGGUGCUCUGACAUUUGACCGUGCAUCGACCGUGGAAGCCACAGCGAUUAUCUCGGAAAGUCCGUCCCAGGGCGACGUUUUCACGGGAGCUGCUGUUCAGGAUACCAGUGUCCAGCAGCCUUGCCGUGUCAGUCACCCGGAACCUCACUACCCCAGCUACCAGGACAACUGUCAGAUCUCCCCUUUUCCUGAAGCUGCGCUGCCAACAUCUCAUCCCAAAAUCGUGUUAACCUCGCUCCCCGCCCUGGCAGUGCCCCCCACCACCCCCACCAAAGCCAUAUCCCCUUCGGUGGUGAACGGGCUGGAAGUGACGGAGCAGCGGAGCUGGCUGUACUUGGAAGAGAUGGUCAACUCGCUGCUCAACACCGCCCAGCAGCUGAAGACUCUCAUCGAACAGGCCAAGCAGGCCAGCUCCUCCUUCCGCGAGGCCGCUAUCACCCAAGCCAAAAUCCAGGCUGACGUGGAGAGGAAAGAGCAAUCCUGUGUCAACUGCGGUCGUGAGGCAACGAACGAGUGCACGGGAUGCCAUAAAGUCAACUACUGCUCCACUUUCUGCCAGCGGAAGGACUGGAAGGACCACCAGCACAUCUGCGGGCAGUCGGCCACGGUGACGGUGCAAGCCGACGAGGUGCACGUCGCGGAGAGCGUGAUGGAGAAGGUCACCGUCUGA